GGAAACUGAUUGCCUGAUUCUUUGUGAGGGCUAUGCAACCAAUGUUUUUGCUCUUUUAUGGAGUUGAUAGUGACUCAUUGUAAGCUUCCUUUCCCAUUCUGUAGAUAUUGGAGGAAUAAAUCUUUCCCCUUGCAAUUCUGUACGGAUUUCAUGGCUACUUUUCAUUGGAGAAAAUUGGAUGUUUCUAUUUUGAUUUACAUAGCAUAUAAAGAUCCUAACACAGGAAAAUGGAAGAAAAUCAAAAGGAGGAAAUGAAAGAAAAUCUAGAAGUCUUUGCUUCAAAUCUGUAGCAUGAAAUGGGAUUUAAGGAGGAAGUAAAAAAAAUGUUUGGAAGAGCUCAGGAAAUUGAUCUAGUUUUGGCAAUUGAAGCUAUCAAGAAGGAAGAAAAAUAUUUCACUAUAGGUUUAAACCCUUGAUCUUAGUCUCACAAUUAUGUUUUAAAGUUUGAGUAGAUAACAACCCAGCUAAGCCUUUGUUGUAUGGUGAUUAUGAUUCUACCUUGUUCAGGACAUGGUCUUAACCAUUUUUUAUCUUGUUGAUUAUCAUUUUUCACUAUUUGUCUCCCAUGUCAUACAAUAGAAAGGGUACAAGCAGUGAUGGAAGAGGACACCAGAGGGCAAACAAUAACUUGGGAUGAGAUGGUGAAGGAAGAAGCAGCUGGUACUACCCUGGGAGGAGCCAGGAGGGCUUGGAAACAAUUUGUUGGAGUCCAGCAAAGGCCAUCUGGCAGAUGGGUGGCUAAGAUCAAAGACACCAUACAGAAGAUAAGAGUGUGGCUAGGCACCUAUGACACUGCUGAGGAAGCAGCCAGGUCUUAUGAUGAGGCAGGCUGCAUCCUCUGUGGUGCCAACACCAGGACCAACUUCUGGCCAUGUUCUCCGGCUUCUAAUCCUACCCCAGCUCUUCCUUCUAAGAUCACUAGCCUCCUUCUCCAAAGGUUGAGAGCCAGAAACAACACCUUUGCUUCCUUGCUAGAUUCUUCCUUGAUCAACAACCAAGAAAUUCAAGGAGAAGACAUCUCCAAUGGCUACUACAUCAGUAAUACUACUGCAAAUGCUUGUGAUUACUUGACAACGAGUCUUGAAUCAUGUUUAACAAAGAAGGCGGAUUCUAGUGGGAGAGAUUUGGGGUUAGAUUAUUGCAAUUUCAGUGAUGCUGCUCAAUCUUCCAGGUGUGACGACAUUGUUGAAGAAAGACUUGAUAUGGAAGCACUUGAUUUUCAUUUUGUGGAUGACAUUGGAUCAUCCAGUUAUUACUCUGCCUUCAAGAUGGCUGAAGAGAUUGAAGAGCCAGUGGAGGCAGAGAAUUUCUCAAACAAGCCCUCAGUGUUAAGAGCUGCCAUGAAGAGAAUGAAGUAUGAGAGAAAGUUCUCUACUUCUCUUUAUGCUUUCAAUGGAAUACCAGAGCAUUUGAGGUUGAGUCUCGAGUUAGAAAAUGUCAAGGGUGGAAGAGUAAAAGCUGAACUGUCAAUUCAAAGUCUAGAGGACAAGAAAGGAGAAGGAAUUGAAAAUGAACUGAUGGGGAAGAAAGAGGAGGAGAGCCUGGAUUCUCCCAGCAGCUCAAUGGAAACAGGAUCUUCUUCAAGCCAUGAAGGUGAAUUUUGUCUGUGGAGCUCACUUGAUCUUCCAACCAUCUGUUAACUGAUGAAUAUAACUGGUAUUGCUUCGAUUCCCGUGUUAGUUCUGAUAUUCUGAGAAAGGUUGAGGGAACAAUGACAUCUUGUCAUGUAGUGAUGAGUUUAUAACCCUGAAAUUUGUUCUUUCUUUCAUGUUCAUGAAUCAUGAAUUUUAUGAGCAGUUAUUCUAAUUUCUGUUACUUUAUCAAGAUAGAUAGAGACUUGGGAAAGCCAACAAAGCAUUUGUGUAGUAAUCAAAGAACUGGCUGGAG